UUCCUCUCUCUCUCUUUCUCUCUCUCUCUCUCUCUCAAUUGUGUCUUGUCUUUGUGUGUGUAUCUAACACGAUACUUUGUGAGGAAAUUAUGUGUCGUAUAAGGUGUUGUUCCAAUUCCACCAAAUUAUGCAACUGCCAAGUUUCUUACCUUAACUCAAAUUCAAUCAAUCACUCUGAUCAAAACCCUACCAAUCCCAAUCCCAAUCCCAAUCCCAAUUCAAUCAUGCAUCAUCUCACUAACCCAUUGAUCCCUCCACUCCCGACAUCCCAACAUUUCCAAUUACCAACAAAACUAACUACCAAUACUCAUUUCUCCUUGGCCGUUCAAGAAGCCUUCUCCAUUUCUCAAAUCGCCUUUCCCAUGGUCCUCACCAGCCUCCUCCUCUACUCCCGCUCUCUCAUCUCCAUGCUCUUCCUCGGCCGUCUUGGCGAGCUCCCUCUUGCUGGCGGCUCCCUCGCCAUCGGCUUUGCCAACAUCACCGGCUACUCCAUUCUCUCUGGCCUCGCCAUGGGAAUGGAACCCAUCUGCGGCCAAGCCUUUGGUGCCAAAAAAUUCACUCUCCUCGGCCUUGCCUUACAACGAACCGUCCUUCUCCUCUCUCUUACCUCAAUCCCCAUUUCUCUCCUUUGGUUUAAUGUUAAGAAUAUCCUUCUCCUUUGUAAACAAGACCCCUCCAUUGCCUCUCAAGCCCAACUCUUCCUCCUUUACUCUCUUCCUGAUCUCUUCGCUCAAUCCCUCAUCCACCCUCUUCGAAUUUACCUCCGUUCUCAAUCCAUAACGCUCCCCCUCACCUUCUGUGCGGCUUUUUCCAUCCUUCUCCAUAUACCCAUCAAUUAUCUCCUUGUUUCUUAUCUCAAUUUUGGUAUUCGUGGAGUUGCUAUAGCUGGGGUUUGGACUAAUUUCAACCUCGUCGCUUCUUUGAUCCUUUACAUAUUAAUUUUCCGUGUUCAUAAAGAUACGUGGGCUGGUUUCUCUCUUCAAUGCUUUAAAGAAUGGGGAGACCUUCUCAAUUUAGCAAUCCCAAGUUGUAUCUCUGUCUGUCUCGAAUGGUGGUGGUAUGAAAUCAUGAUCCUCCUCUGUGGUCUCCUGUUAAACCCCAAAGCCACCGUGGCUUCCAUGGGAAUUUUGAUUCAAACCACCGCAUUGAUUUACAUAUUCCCAUCUUCCCUCAGCUUCAGCGUAUCCACCAGGGUGGGGAACGAAUUGGGAGCAGAGCAACCAAAAAAGGCGAAAUUAGCAGCCAUUGUUGGACUAUCCUGUAGCUUUCUCCUCGGGAUUUGUGCUCUGUUUUUCGCAGUAUCGAUAAGGAAGAUUUGGGCAAGUAUGUUUACAGAGGAUAAAGAUAUCAUAGCAUUAACGUCGAUGGUGCUGCCCAUAAUUGGACUGUGCGAGCUCGGAAAUUGCCCGCAGACGACAGGAUGCGGCGUCCUGAGAGGGACGGCUAGGCCGAAAAUUGGGGCGAAUAUUAAUUUGGGGUGUUUUUAUUUGGUGGGGAUGCCGGUGGCGGUGGGAUUAUCGUUUUUCGGAGGGUUCGAUUUCAGGGGAUUGUGGCUGGGGCUACUGGCGGCACAAGGUUGUUGUGCGGCGGCGAUGCUUGUGGUUUUGGGAUUUACCGAUUGGGAAUUUGAAGCAAUUAGAGCUAGGAAGCUAACUGGUGGUUGUGAAGAAGUGGUGGAAGCUGAGUCACUUAUGCCUAAAAACAAACAAGAUUGCUGCUAAUUUCACAGAUUAAUCAUCAAAAUUAAAAAUUUGUGACAUAGAUGAUGAAGCUGAUCACAAUAUCUGUUUAUCUCUUCUUCUUUUUUUUUCUUUCAAAAAAGAAAAAGGAAGAUAUUAAUUUUUAUUUUUAUUUUUAUUUUUAUUUUUUCUUUCUUCUUUUUUUUCUGUGAGGAUGUACAAAAGGUAGAGAUAGAGAGGCAGGGAGAGAGAAAGAGAAAGAGGUUUUUAUAUAUUGUAGGAUUUUUGAUCAUGUGGAAUAAGGAGGGAGGCCUCCUCUAAUUCUACAAACUACCAAAAAUAAAAAUAAAAUAAAAAUAAAAAAGAACUAUAUAUAAACCUCCUCAUCACAAAACUCAUUUCU